AUGCUGGGCUGCACUCACCUAAGUCAGAGAAAGGAUUGUCACAAACAGGCAAAGGAGAAAGGGUUGAGAGGCACCCUACUGCAAAGUCUUCUCCAUCCCAACCCUGGGGGGCCCCUCUGCACUAACUUCUGUACUCAUAGCAACAUCGGUGACUCCACCUCGGUCCAGCUUCGUAGGCUUCUCAGAAGGUUGCUGUCCUUCCGGCCUCGGCUGAACCUUUCCCCAAACAGGUGGCCCUCCGAUCAGCAGCUGCCUCACAAGGCGCAAGGGUGGUCUCAACGGAAAGAGCAGGAGAAGCAAGGAGGGGUUGCACAGGAGAGCCAAGCAGCGGAAAGUCAACCUCACAUGCCAUGGUUAGUGGCGGGCUCUUCACGGAAGGAGCAGCAGAAGCAACAGGAAGGGGUUGCACAGAUGCAAGAGGAGGAGGCUGCACAGAGCAAAGCGGUGGUGGCUCAUCCUCGCAUGCAGAAGGAGCAGCAGAAGAAAGAGGAGGCUGCACAGAGCAAAGCGAAGCAGCAGCAGAAGUGAGAGAAGGAAGCUCCACAGAGCAAAGCGGAGGUGGCUCAUCGUCGCAUGCCGAAGGAGCCGCAGGAGCUGAAGGAGAGCCAAGCGGUGGGAACUCGAGCUCACAUGGCGCGGUCAAUGGGGCACCCUCGAUGGUCCAGCCGUCCCACGAGCGGGUCCCUGGCAUUGCCUCCAUGUGGUCCUGCUGGAUCUUGGCCCUGGCCAUCUUCUCCAGGAUGCUCCGCACUUGCUGGCCCAUGAACCCAGCGAGGACCUGCACACGGUACUUGACAUUAGCACCAAAGCUGAUUGGCAGCUGCAGUCACCUCACUUGUUCAAAUUGUUAAAGAUGUUGCCUUGAAGAUUUCACAGAAAAGGUGCUGCACCUUUAGCUUUAUAUACAAGGCACCUAUGCCAAAACGUCUAACUGGGACCGGUUGGCAUCUCGACUGGUUACAAUUGGAACUAACUGGUCCCAAGUGGGAAUUGGCUGUUACCAAUAGGAGUCCAACUGGGACUAGCUGAGGGGUCAACUGGCUUGACU